AUGACUCUCAUUGUCAUAUCCACUAAACUUCAUUUUCCCUUUGACGACAUCAAAAGAUACCCUAGCUCGGCGCAAGAACCCACGACUCAGACAAUAAAUUGGAAUGCCUGGGCCCAAGCUCAAAAACAAUUCGACCGUCACGAAACCUCUGGAGGAAAACUUGGAAAGGGAAACGAGAUCCAAGUGAAAGAAGACAAGGUUUUCGACAUGACACCCAGUCAACUCGAUGAGUACAUGGAUUGGUACGAGAACAGUUGGCUGGACAUCAGCAAAGCGAAAAAUCCAUUAGCAGAUCUAUUCCCUAUGAAUGCAGGGGCCGGGGAAAACCAGCCUACAACGCCAUUGGCGACAGCGGCGGCACCAGCGGCACCAGCUCCAGCAAUUCCAGCCGAAGAAGACGAGGACGAAGCGAUGAGCACAAUGGUGCAGACAGUCACCAGCAAGCUGAAGCCUCGGAGGGUAAUCCCUGAUGGCGAAGCACAUGUUCCUCGUCCGGGCAGCUCGUAUCCGCGUUGUCGGAUGGAGUCUAACCUACCGGAGGCGGCAAGACCAUUCUACGAAACCGCGGCAAAAGUUGUUGGGGUGUCCCUCACAACUCUCACCAGGGCUGUGUAUCAAGCGGAAACCAGAAUCUCUCGUUGGCUGGAAGAUCAGAGGCGAAUUAAGUAUUUCGUGGACCAUUCGGAGAUGGAUGUUGCUGAUGAUGAUAAUUCCGAUGCUGCGGAGGAAAGUGACGAUCAUUCUAUGGCUGAUCUAGAAUCAUGA